CCCACAGGCAGGUUGAACUACUCAGCGCUAUAAUUACUUUUCUACCCCCCCUUUCUCUCUCUCUCUCUCUCUCUUGCGAACGGUUUCGUUCUGGUCUAAGUUGACUCUCUCUCUCUCUCUCUACCUCUGCUACCUCUCUGCCUUAAUCUUGAAACUGGACUACAACCAACAUACUAUUUCUAUUCUCUCUCCCACCUCUCCACCUCAUUAUACUACCGGAUCUACAUCUUAACCUCAAAGAAAAUAAAAGAAUGCUGCCAUCCUCCGCAUCAAACUCCUCACAGUCCUCGUUCGAGAGUCCAAUCUCCCAACAUCCCCAUGCCUGGUUUCCAUCCAUUCCUCGCCGCAGAGAACCGCCCAAAUACCCCCGAUACUACGCAACCCCGUUGAAAGAAGACAUUCCCGACUCAACCCCGUUGCAGCUGUAUGGCCUGGAGCCGCGCGAGCCCUCGAUCGCCGAGAAACGCGGCCGCUUUCAACGCUUUUCCCGCGCCCUCGACGACAUCAGAGAAGACAUCACCCUACAACUUGAACCGCAAGCCCUGGCAGACCGCGCCAAAGUCCGACGACGCAUGUCAACCUUCCUGCCGGAAACAUCGAGCACUCCCUCUCUGCCCUCGGCACGACCGGGAUCUAGCGCCAGCUUUUCGGGGUCCAUGUUUGCUUCCUCCCCCAGCGGCCUGGAUAGUCCAUCGGAAGAGGAUCAUCCGGCGUCUGGAUCCCGGCCGCUCUCGAUGAUUUUCUCCCCAGAUGCCUGGACGCCACCCGUGCGCAGACUGAGCCGCAGACUCUCGGUGCUGAGCUUCUCGCAAAAAAGGCACAGAUAUCGCGGUGGAGGGGCUCCCAGCAUUUCGCAGCCGAAUCUGAUCAGCUCCUCAACUCCCAUCUAAUCUUUCUCUCUCAAUCCAUACUAUUCCUGUCUGCCCCUGUCUCAGGGAUGGAUCAGCAGCCGAACCCCUGCAGGAAGAAAUUUAAUAAACGCCUGGGUCUCCCAUCCGAAAUCAGACAUGUCUCCUGUCUCCGAACUGAACCCGCAUACAACCAACCAACCAAUCAAAUCGACCUGGUAUUCCUCCUUUAUUACGAGGAAUAAACCACGAUAAUUGUUUUCGCAUCUCAUAUCAUAUAUCGCCAUCAUCGUUACUUAAUCCAGCUCAUUUAGCCCUUGUCAUUACGCCCCGAUCAAAAGCUUUUUUUUUUUUUUUUUUUUUUUUUU